AUACUAAACUUGUAGAAAUCCCACUGGAAACGCAAUCGCGUCGUUGUCGUUUCGUUUACGAUCAAUUGUAGAACUUUCAGCAAGUCUACUACUUAUUUCCUUCAGCCUCUUGGAACUUUGUAGGAAGUGUCAGUUUAUUUUAAUUAUUAUUCCAUUUUACUACUCAAGUUUAUUUCUCUCUACUCUCGCAGUUUAUUUUUUCGUAGCAUGGAUACAUUCAUAUUUCGUGCAAAUUGAAGAUGGCGUCCUAUUUGAAUAAUCAGAAAAGUAUUAAAUGUUGAUAAAGACUGAUAUAGCACAAGUUUUGAUAUAUUUGGAUUUAAUAAUAAAUCUUAAAAUGAUAUUCAUUCAUCUUAUUCCUCAAAAAAGCGGCAGAAAUAUAUUUCGGUUGUAAAUAUAUCUCAAAGCCAUAUAUUUCGGUUGUUGGUUGCACUGUCAUUCAUGAAGAUCCUUUUUGACGAAGAGGUGUUUGGAGAAAUUGUACACGAUGGCGGAUCAGACUGAACGUUCAUUUCAAAGGCAGCCAACCAUUUUCCUAAACAGGAAGAAGGGCCUUGGCGCAAAGAAGAGAAAAUCGCUCCGUUACACGCGAAACAUUGGUUUGGGUUUUAAGACCCCUCGUGAGGCCAUUGAUGGAACAUACAUUGACAAGAAGUGUCCUUUCACCGGCAAUGUAUCGAUUAGAGGACGCAUUUUGACCGGCGUUGUACAGAAAAUGAAAAUGCAGAGAACCAUCGUCAUUCGCCGAGAUUAUCUGCAUUACAUCAGAAAGUAUAAUCGUUUCGAGAAGAGGCAUAGGAAUAUGUCAGUUCACCUUUCGCCGUGCUUCAGAGACGUGGAGAUCGGCGAUGUGGUGACCGUUGGCGAAUGCAGACCUUUGAGCAAAACUGUCAGAUUCAAUGUAUUGAAAGUUACUAAAGGUCAAGGUUCAAAGAAAAGUUUUAAGAAAUUCUAAACAGUUUCUGUAAUGUUUCAUUAAAAAAAAUGGAAAGCUA